UCCGACCAGCAACACAUUAAGGUUGCACUUGCACUCUUAUUUCUUCCUUCUUCCAUCAAAAUAUCCAAAGAAACAUCAACAAACAUACAACAGCAACAUAUCGACUGCAGGGAUAAACAUGGAGGAUUAUUAUUCUCUAGUUACACAAAACCUCCAAGCCUUCCCCAUGUCCCUCCUCGUCGUAAUCCCUAUCCUCCUCCUGCUUGGGCUCGUGGCCCAGCUCCGGCGUAGGCCACCCUUCCCACCCGGUCCGAAGGGUCUCCCGGUGAUUGGCAACAUGCUCAUGAUGGACCAGCUGACCCACCGUGGCCUCGCCAAGCUGGCCAAGAAGUAUGGCGGAAUCUUCCACCUCCGCAUGGGCCGCCUCCACAUGGUGGCAGUUUCGUCCCCUGAUAUCGCCCGCCAGGUCCUCCAAGUCCACGACAACAUCUUCUCGAACCGCCCCGCUACCAUUGCGAUCAGCUACCUUACAUAUGAUCGCGCCGACAUGGCUUUCGCCCACUACGGCCCGUUCUGGCGACAGAUGAGGAAGCUCUGCGUGAUGAAGCUCUUCAGCCGCAAGCGGGCUGAGUCGUGGGCCUCAGUUCGAGAUGAGGUGGAUGACACCGUCCGUACCGUGGCGGGCUCCGUGGGCCAAGCCAUCAAUAUUGGGGAGCUCGUGUUUGCCCUCACCCGGGACAUAAUAUAUCGGGCAGCAUUCGGGUCAAUCUCCAAUGAUGGUCAAGACGAGUUUAUCGGGAUCCUGCAGGAGUUCUCGAAGCUCUUCGGCGCCUUCAACAUCGCUGACUUCAUCCCUUACCUGGGGUGGGUCGACCUGCAAGGUCUAAACUCAAGGCUCGUCAAGGCCCGGAAUUCACUUGAUGGGUUCAUCGACACGAUCAUCGACGACCACAUAAAUAAGAAGAACAAUAAGGUGUCGAGUGAGGGCGGAGAUGACGUCGAUACGGAUAUGGUGGAUGAUCUGCUUGCUUUUUACAGCGAGGAGGCCAAAGUGAAUGAGUCGGAAGAUCUUCAAAACGCAAUCAAGCUCACUAGGAAUAACAUUAAGGCCAUCAUCAUGGAUGUGAUGUUUGGUGGGACCGAAACAGUGGCGUCGGCGAUAGAGUGGGCCAUGGCGGAGCUGCUGAGGAGCCCCGAGGACCUUAAGAAGGUCCAGCAGGAGCUGGCGGACGUGGUGGGCCUCCACCGGCGUGUCGAGGAGGCCGACUUCGAGAAGCUCACCUACCUCCGAUGCGCUCUCAAGGAGACCCUCCGCCUCCACCCUCCGAUCCCCCUCCUCCUCCACGAGACCUCUGAGGACGCGGUCGUCGGCGGCUACUACGUCCCCGCUAAGUCCCGGGUCAUGAUCAAUGCCUGGGCCAUCGGGCGGGACCCAGAGUCUUGGGAGGAUCCCGAGUCCUUCAGGCCCUCUCGGUUCCUAAAGCCCAGCGUGCCCGACUUCAAGGGGAGCAACUUCGAGUUCAUCCCGUUCGGGUCGGGCCGGAGGUCAUGCCCUGGUAUGCAGCUAGGCCUCUACGCGCUCGAGCUCUCAGUGGCCCACCUCCUGCACUGCUUCACGUGGGAGUUGCCAGAUGGGAUGAAGCCCAGCGAGAUGGACAUGGGGGACGUGUUCGGGCUAACCGCCCCGAGGGCCACCCGGCUCGUCGCGGUGCCAAGCCCAAGGCUUGUGGGUGCCCUAUAUUGAGCCAAUGGGAGAAGGGAAAACAUUAUAUAUAUGUCAUACCCCAAUUGUCAAAAAAGGGUGGGAGGGAAAUGGAGGUUGCAUGGAUUUUUGGGUUUUUUUUUUAUUUCUUUCACAAGAAAAAAAACGGAAACAAUAACUGUGGAGGAAUAAUAGAUUGAAUGAAAGAAGUCUGAAGUACCAAAUUGAUCAUCGAUCGUUCUCUGUGGAUAAAGACAAUUUGUGAAUUGUUUCUUUCGGACAUUCGUCCUCAUCAUAUAUCUUAUUAUAUUGCGUCCAA